CAGAGAAUAUGUAACACCAAAGAGGGUGUACAACUUCAGGAUCAAUGUCACACUCACAGAUGGCGUGACAAAACAAGUGGACAACAUGUCACUUGGUCUAAAGAUUGGGAUUGUUGGUGUGAGUGUGAUAGCGGCCAUCAUUGUGGCGAUCAUGGUGUUUAAGGCUGUGCGACUGAGGUUGAUUUUACAUCAGGAAUACCAACAAGAGGAACAACAGGAGAGCCAUCAUGUUCUCACCAGUCUUUCCAACAGCCGUCACCGCCUCCAGCGCAACAGUUACACAGAACUCGCUGACCAGAGAUUGGCUGGAUCUCGGGAAAACCAAUACAUGAAUGCAGAUCCGCUGGAACGUUUUCCAGUAGAAGUACAACUGGCAGUGACGGCAGCUGUUCCUAGAGGUGUCGACAGGCAGACGACACAAGCUAUACCCCAGGACAGCGCCAGACACACCUAUGCAAAUACUCAGCAGGUGGAGUCCCCGAGGAAGGAAACAGCAACAAGGCCCGCCCCUGCCUUGCCCCUAGGGAGAGCGCUGCCAGAAUCUCCGCCCUCCUAUGAGGAAGCCAUAGAUAUGCCAAUCCCAAUCACGUCAUCACCGACUAGGUGCGAACCGUCGCCACUCUAUCAGAAUCUAAACACCACAGAGAGUUGAUGACAACAAGUCAGAUUCGUGGGGAACAAAUCUUUCUACUGGUUUUAAUAUAAAUCCCAAAUUUGUAUGGAAAUAUUUCAUGUUUUUGAAGUAAUAGGUGUUUUGUUUAUACACCAGUACAUUGUAUAUGGCAAUGUGUUGUAUAUAAUACAUGUAAUUUGUAAAACAAUAAUUUCCUGGGCUGUAUUGCUCUGCCAUUAAAUCACAAGACAGCAUUAAGCCAUACCAUACUUAAAAUCCUGUAAAAACAUAGCUGUAACCUUUUACAUAGGAUGAAAGAAAGAGAAACAUUUUCAUUAUGUCCAUCUGUCUUCAGUUGAGGACCGAGAGUACAAAAAAUAUGCCUGCAUAAAGUUAGUUGCCUUCUUUGUAAUUUUUCAUUCAAUAUUGAAAUAUUACAAUAUUUAUAUUUUUAAAACCUAACUGAAUCUUGAUUUUAUGGUUGUACGUGAAUUCGGUUUCAUUGGAGUCUUUUUCACUCCAACUGUUUCUAGUCAUGAAUGAACACUCUCCAACAUUGGAGUUUGCAGUCUUAAAAAAAUAAUUCCUUUGAAAACUUCUCUGCAACAAAUAUCAUUUCUCUCUAUAUUGUUGGAGGUAUAUAACAGUUAAAAACCACCACAAUUAAUCAUUAUUCCACAGAAAAAAAGAAAUCAGCAUUACCUUUGCAGGUUGAUACGUGUAACAAAUAGAUCAGUUAUGUUUUUAACUUUUUAGCUAUAAAGCUAUUUUCUAUAUAUUUGUUAAUUUAUUUUUUAUCUGGUUUUACAAGAUUGUUAAAUGUUUAUUGCAAAGUAUUUUUUUCUUGCCAAAAGUUGUCGGUAAAUAAUCUUGUUUUACUUUUUAACAGAAAGUUUAUGGUUUCUUUCUUGUAUGAAAAGUACAUACAUUCUUGUGUAUUGCAGUAUAUUUAAUAUUAUAAUGGACAGAGCGGGUGAUGUUUUAGUUGUUAAUUCUGUAAGUCAUGACGUUCUCACAUGUUCUACAUUUCUGUAUUCCUAGAAUACUUGAAUUUGCAAUUGAGAAGAAGAUGUAUCUACAUAUGUAAAUACUAUAUACAGGGCAUUUUUUGUCGCAGUUGAAAUUUUGCCGUUUUGCCGCAAUUGAAAUUUCGCCUUUAUCGUCCCCUGUACUGUAAUGAGGGUGCAUGUAUUUAUAUCAUGACAGCAGAUAUUAUUACUCAGCAUACCAUAAAUAACAAAAUAAACAAUUGGCGAACAUGGAAUUUACUGGAGGGGGGUGAACAUUUCACUGGGUUAAAUUUUACCGGUAUACAGUAACCAUCAUCUGUGGAAUACAUAUUUACGAAAGGUUUAACUCAUUCACCCCUAGAGACGCAUUUAAACUCAUCCAAUCUAAAGGUUGGAAUAGUCCAUUAUAAAAUUUCAGGGGUGGAUGAGUUAAAUUCGUGAGAAAGUCUCCUUAUGCGUUAACGUAAAAUUUAAUCUCUUGCAAACAGAAACUGAUCAUGAAUACAUGUACAGUAUUGUUUUAAAUUAGACUUAGAAAUACCAAAUGUUUUCCUUAAAUGUCAAGGUGUUGUUUACUGUUUUUCCUGGACAUGAUGUUUCUCUAGGUUUGUGAUACACAAGAUUAUACUCCUUGUUGCAAUAUAAGUUUUGAAAGUUUAAUUAUAUUAAUUACCUUAUAUAUACGUUACCCCUGUGUGAGUGAAAUCAGCGUUAUCCUGUUACACAGAGUUGGAACAUUAGAUGUUUUAUAAGUCAAUCAAAAUACUUACCUGUUAGAUUUUACCUGGUCCUGUUAAGUUUGUAUAUGUACAUGUACCAUUGUUUAUAUUUCCCUUUUAAUGAUGCUUUGUGUUCAAAAAAAAACGUGUUCAUUUUUAUUCUGGUAUUUUAAUGUUAGGUUGUAUUAACCAUAUAUUAUGUAGAUACAGAUGAGAAUAUCAUCUGAUCUGUAAUUUCAAGUCAAAAAGAGCAUAUUUUUUUUUUUUUUUUAUAUUAAACUGGUAUUUUAAUGUUAGGUUGUAUUUACCAUAUAUUAUGUAGAUACAAAUGAAGAAUGAUCUGGUCUAUAACUUCAAGUCAAAAUGAGCAUUUAAAUUUGUCUUUAAUAAUAUCAAAUAUAGAUGUGAGCAACUCGUGGUCUGAAAUAUAAACUGAAUCUAGGCGUUCCAGAUCAGAUGUAGGUUACCAUUAGGCACUUCAACUGAAUAAACUCAUUCACCCCUAAAGACACAUUUGAACUCUUCCAAUUCAACUAUUGGAAUAGUUCAUUAUGAAACUUCAGGGGGGGAAUGAGUUGAGACUUUUCAGAGGCUGUAGAUCACUAAUAGUAAAAAAAAUGUGAUCAAACUGAACCUAGGUUUUCGAGGAGUGAAGAAUAUAAAGGCCACUGAUUAGUCAAAAUGUCAUAUUUAUCUAUCAUACAACGGGAGCUAUAGACUGAUGGCAUUAAUAGUGAAAACAUCAUCUGGAGCUUUACCUAUCAGAAGGUGAUAUAGGCCACUUAAAAGUCUAAGUGGAACCUCACGACACUUCUCUUCAAUUAGAUUUAUCAGUUUAGAAAUAUGUGUUUAUCAAAUUUUAACUGUUUACGCAAACAAUGUACAUAACAAACGUGUCACAAUAUUUCAAGACCUUCUGGUCCGUGUGUCAACCUAGCUAUGUGAUACAGCCAGGAGGUAGCUUGACAAAGGUCUUGAAAUAGUGCAACACAUUUGAUACAUGCAUUGUGUAAAAAGUAAAACAUUGAAACCUACACCACUUCCUCAGAGGAUUAUUCCAUAAUUUAUCGUAUCGGGGAGUUGGAAGGCACCUGUAUUAAUAUACUUUGGGUGGUGGGGCUAAUACCAGAUAUGCCAAUAUUUUAUGGAUAGUGGAGUCUCUGAAAAAGUGCCUCCCACCCUGUAGUUAAUUCUGGAACAGGCCUCAACCCAUUCCCCCCUAAAGUCACAUUUGAACCUUACCAAAUCAAAGACUAGGCAAGUCCAGUUUAGUUAUGUAGGGGUGAAUGAGUUAACAGUUAAUGGAGAACAUGAAUUGUAUAUCUUAAGUUCAUCGUUACAUAUUUCAAACAAAUCUGUUUAUCCUGAUCAAACCAUCAUACCUUAACUCAUUCACCCCUGAAGUUUCAUAAUGAACUAUUCCAACGAGUGCAAAUGUGUCUUCAGGAGUGAAUUAGUUAAUAUGCUUGAUUGCAUUUUAUGCCUUGUUAACCUUGUUAGAUUCAUAUAUAUACAUUUGUAUUAUAUAUAAAGUAUUAAAAAAUUAUGUUGAGAAUAUAAUGUACUUCUGAUCGUAACAAAUGUUUAAACAAAAUAACACAAACCAGGAAUUACCAGGGCUUCUGUACAUUUGUUUGAUAGUGAUUGCGUCAAUAGCCUGAAUGCUUUCAAAGCACUGUAGCUACAUGAUAUACAUAUGUUAUGUGAUUGAUAUUGUCCUGCUGAACUAUGUGUGCCUGUAUACUUAGAACAAGACUAAAUGUUAGGUAUGUAAAUAGGAUAACUUAGUGAACCUCCGAGCUGUUUAUAUUAUAUAGUUGGACAUUAGAGGUUUAGCUAAGUACAUUGAUAUUGCACCUUGUGACUCUGUGAACAUGGUUUAUGGAUAAUCUAAAUCACCGAAUCCUGCCAUCUAUUAAAUCUAAAUCAUCGUAUAUUCACUUAGAAUUUUUUUCUAUAUGUAUAUAGGUCUUUCUACUUAAAAUACAUGUGAUAAGAUGGGCAUGGAAUGCCAUAAAAUAAUGUACAGGUCUUGGAUGUGUUUUAUAGAACAAGAUAGAUAUACAUGUAUAUAUAUAGAACAAGAUCGAUAUACAUUUAUAGAACAUUUUACAUAUUGUCAGACGAGCUAUGCAUCUUUGUACACAAACAGCCACUUUAUAUAUUUUUUUAAACAACUGCUGUUGUAUUAGCAUACUGCCUACCUAAUAGCUGAUAAUAUUUUCUUAAUUCUUUUUCAACAUGAAUAUUAUAUUCCU